ACUGCUUAUUUAUGACCCCCGAGGAGAGAGCAGGGAGGAGAUAUUUGUCUUAAGGAGCAACUGUGAACAGUGUUUCUCAGGUUGCACAACACCUGAUGUUGAUUUUGGAAUUGUCACCUUCAGUACUAUGGUACAAAGCAGGUGAAGGAAGACAGUGAAGAGGUUUUAUGCUGACACCAGCCCUCUGCUGUCAUAGCCAGCUAGAGAGACACCUCUGCAGAUACCAGUGACCUGGUUUAAAAUUAGUCUUCAGAUAGGGGACAUUGGCAUCAGCAUCAUUUGAACAUCAACAGACUGGAUUAAGAAAUAAGAACACAAUCAACGAACCCGUAUUCAUCCAGUCUUGGUGAGAGAGGUAAACGUGAACCUUUGUGGGCCGCACUGGGUCUUUUCAUGACUGGACCUUGUUAGGUGAGUUGGUGAAAUCUAAAAGUGGAGGCACUUCUCAUGGAUUCCAACAUACCGGGGUCUUUUCUGUUCAACAACAGCCUGAACCAGUUCUCCUCGGACUUAAAGGCACCUGUGUGUCAGUACUCAGUGCCCAACUCCUACUACAAGCUAAACCCAGGCCUGAACAGCCAGCUGCAGGCAGCAGGCACACCCCACGGCAUCAGUGACAUCCUCAGCCGUUCCAUGAUGGGUGCUACGGGCACUACCACCCUGCUCUCUGGAUACCCUACCAUGGGGGGCUUUGGCACCGUGGCCACCCCGGGGGUCUACUACAACCGUGCAGACUACAACCCCUCACUGGGCGGCUUCACCAAGCCUGGCGCUGAGUGCCCCGUGAAAGGUCGCAGUGGGAGCUGCUGGGUAGAGAGUGGGUACGAGUGGAGAGGCGGGAGGCAGCAGUGCAAUAACAACAUUGGGCAUCUAGAGGAUAUUUCAGGCAGGAAGAAGCACACCAGACCUACAUUCAGUGGACAUCAGAUAUUUGCCCUCGAGAAAACCUUUGAGCGGACCAAGUACUUGGCCGGGCCAGAGAGAGCUAGACUGGCCUACUCCCUGGGCAUGACAGAGUCACAAGUCAAGGUGUGGUUCCAGAACCGCCGCACCAAGUGGAGGAAGAAGAGUGCCUCAGAGCCCAGCUCCACCCAGGCGAUGCGGGGUGAGCAGGGAGGGGAGGCCUCGGAGAACGAGGUGGAGGAUGAGGAGUAUAACAAGCCUCUGGAUCCCGACUCGGACGAUGAGAAGAUACGACUGCUGCUGCGCAAACACCGCCGGGCUUUCUCUGUACUCCGCCUUGGACCACACCACGUCUGACACAUCAACACAAAAGCUGCCACGCACACAGACACACAGACACACAGGCACACAGACACACAGGCACACAGGCACACAGACACACAGGCACACAGGCACACAGGCACACAGGCACACAGACACGCAGACACACACAUCAGAUGUGCAUGUUGUAGCAAGGGGUAGCAUUAAACACAUUUUGUAGUACAGACACACAACUAAAUAUUCAAGCAUGUUCAAAAUAAGGCACAUUUAUAAUACAGUAAGUUUAAGGAGAAAAAAGGUAACGGUUCCCGUGAAGUGAUGCCUUGACGUACCAUAUUUGUAACCAUAAUGGAAACAGAGGGAAGAUGUUACCAUUAAAUGAUGGGUGAAACAGUUUACAUUGAAAAUAGAAUUCAUCAAUGACUUUCAAUGAGGCAAAUGGUUAACUGUUAUGUAGGAAACCCAUCAUGACCUAUUAUCCUCAGCUGCACCAUGAUGGUUGCAUCAAACGUGAAAGGAAAUAGUUUCUCAUGUGUACAUACACAUUAUAGCAGACCAAAGCUAAAUAGAUAUGUAAAACCACAGAUAAUGCAGUUGACAGUAUCUGUUUUAUUUGAGUAGAAUAAACACUUCAGGUCAAGGACUUUUUGUUUCAGUGCAUCAAAUUAAUUUGCUUGUUGUACUCUUAAUAUUGAAUGUCCAUUGGAACUUGUUUCAGUCAACAGCUGUACUAUGAACACAGAAUAUUUCUAUUAUUAACUCUGAUUCAUUUAAUUGAGAGCCUGGCAAUGCUGUUUUUGGUUUUUAACACUGGCGUUGAGGGUACACAUAUCAAGAUAAGUCUUGACCUUUUAUUUUGACUAAUGUGUUAGCUAAUGUCAUGCAGACAUGCAAGCUUUCAUGACAUUUGAGGGUUUCUGCGCAUCCAAAUUAAGUUGCAUAAGGAUAAUGUAAAUGAAUGAUGACAUUUUUAAUUGUACAAUAAAUUAUUGUGAAUUAUUUAUUGAA